GACGGCGCGCGCCACGGCGUCGGGCGCAUGGACUACGCGUCGGGCGAGUCGUACGAGGGCGAGUGGGCGCACGACGCGCCCCACGGCGCGGGCCGCUACGUCUUCGGCUCCGGGAGCGUCUACGAGGGCGAGCACCGCCGCGGCAAGGCCAACGGCGUCGGCACCAUGACCUUCGCGUCCGGGUCGACGUGCUCCGGCGAGUGGCGCGACGACAAGGUCCACGGCCGCGCGACGUUCACCAAGGCCAACGGCCAGGUCUACGAAGGCCAGUGGGUCGACGACCGCAAGCACGGCACGGGCCGCCAGACCUUCGCGACGGGGAGCGUCUACGACGGCGCGUGGGCCAACGACCGGCGCACGGGGAAGGGCACGAUGACGUUCGCGAGCGGCCACGCGUACGACGGCGACUGGGUCGACGACAAGCGCCACGGCGCGGGCACGUACACCUACGCGUCCGGCGACAAAUACACGGGCGAGCUCCGCGACGACAAGUUCGCGGGCCGCGGCCGCUUCGAGUUCGCGAGCGGGAACGUCUUCGAGGGCGAGUUCGAGGACAACAAGCGCGUCCGGGGCGUCUACACGCUCGCGUCGGGCGACGUCUUCGAGGGCGGCUGGCGCAACGACAAGUUCAGCGGCCGGGGCACCUACACGCUGCCCUCGGGCGCGGCGUACGCGGGCCCCUGGAAGCGGGGCAAGAUCCAC